CAGCAGACAGCCACUGCUCUAACAGACUGAAACGCCAUCUUGAACAUAUAGGGGGGUUUAAACCGGGAGAAAACAUUAAAGAGGACAUAAACCGUUAUUUUAUCUUCGGUUGUAAAUCGCCUCGGCUUUCCCCGGAAUAGAUUUAGUGUUCGCUUGGCGCAUGUACAAGUUAAAAUAAAGACUCAUACGUGAGGAAACCUGGGAGGCACUUGUUAGCCUCUACCCUGCUAGCAAGGGGGAGGGGCGGGGUUUCGGAGGAUUUUUUUUCCGCAGCCGAAGUUGUUUGUUUAUGUUAUUCCAAACGGACAUGUCCUCGUCAAACCAAGAGUUACCAGACCCUAAUCUGGGUAUGGGGGCAAGUGGGCCCCAAGGAAGUGGCGGGGCUGUUGUACCAAAAGGGACCAACAAAAGAAGAGCAUCGCCAGACUUUGAUGACGAUGAUGAAGGAAACAAAUUGUUCAGGUGUGACGAUGAUUCAGGAGGUGGAAAUGACAAAGAGCGUUUUGCCAGGGAGAACCACAGUGAGAUUGAGAGGCGGCGGAGAAACAAAAUGACUGCCUACAUCACAGAAUUGUCAGACAUGGUGCCCACCUGCAGUGCACUAGCACGGAAACCAGACAAACUAACCAUCCUGCGAAUGGCCGUGUCUCAUAUGAAGUCUCUGAGAGGAAGUGGCAACACCAACUCAGAUGGAUCGUACAAACCUUCCUUUCUCACUGACCAGGAGCUGAAGCACCUCAUCUUGGAGGCCGCCGACGGCUUCCUGUUCGUGGUGUCAUGUGAGACCGGUCGCAUUGUUUACGUCUCUGACUCCCUGACACCCGUCCUCAACCAGGCUCAAUCUGAAUGGCUGGGGUCAUCCCUGUACGAUCAGCUCCACCCAGACGACACGGAAAAGCUCAGAGAGCAGCUCUCUACUGCAGAGAAUAACAGCACAGGGCGGUUGUUGGACUUGAAGACGGGAACAGUGAAGAAGGAAGGCCAGCAGUCGUCAGCCAGAAUGAGUAUGGGAGCCCGACGAUCAUUCAUCUGCAGAAUGAGGUGUGGCUCUUGUCCUGUGGAACCAUUGUCCAUGAACAGACUGAACUUCCUGAGGAAUAGAAACCGGAACAGUUUGGCUACAGCUAAGGAAGGGGAGCCCCAGUAUGUAGUGGUCCACUGUACAGGAUACAUCAAGUCCUGGCCCCCUACAGGAGUUUCUCUGGCAGACGAUGACUCAGACAACACUCAGGGCAGUCGCUGCUGUCUGGUCGCUAUUGGGAGAUUACAGGUGACUUGUUGCCCGAGUGACACAGACAUCAACAGCAUCAGUGUUCCGGUGGAGUUCAUCUCGCGCCAUAACUGCCAGGGCAUGUUCACUUUCGUUGAUCACCGCUGUGUGGCCGCUGUCGGCUAUCAGCCCCAGGAAUUAUUGGGGAAGAAUAUUCUCGAGCUCGUCCACGCUGAAGACCAGGGCUUACUGCGAGACGGCUUCCAACAGGUGGUGAAACUGAAGGGCCAGGUCCUCUCAGUCAUGUUUCGGUUUCGCUCCAAAUCAAGAGAGUGGAACCUGAUGAGAACCAGCUUCUUCACCUUCCAGAACCCGUUCUCCGAGGAGAUCGAGUACAUCAUCUGCACCAAUGUUAAUGUCAAAAACUCGACUCAGGACCCCCUCACCCCCAUCUCCUCCCCAGGGGGUUCGCUGCCCCCCUCCCUGGGCCAGGGCAGCCCAAGCUGCCCUUCAGUAAUGCUCAGUCCGGGGCAAAUGGCUGCCAGGCAGCUACAGCAGCAGGCGGAGCUGGAGGGAGGUGGAGCCAGAGACGGAAUGUAUGAGGCCGGACCGAUCACCCUCUCACAGAUGCCGGUGCAGCCAGUGACCGCAGCCGGGCCCGAUCACAAGAGCCUGGAGAAGCCCGAUCUCUACCCUUCCCUCUUCCAAGGCCCCGAUCAGACCAAGGUCCUGCCUUCCACCUCCACCCCCGCCACUCAGAUCUACCCUGCAGUCAAUAACUUCGCUGCUGGUCGUUCCAACGAUGCGUACAGGCCGGUCACCAUGGCUCCACAGAUGGCGCAGCCAGCACACUCGGCGGGGCAGAUGCUCGCUCAGAUGUCUCGCCAGAACGGAGGCCCGCAGUCAGUGACGCCUUCCAGCACCAGCAGCCCCCUGCAUGGAGGCCCAGCAGGGGGCUGGCCUGGAGCUGCCGCUGGAGUCAGGCCACAAGCUCAAUUUAAUAACCAGCAGGUGGCGCCGCAGGCAGCAAAGAUCAUGUCUCCACAGUUUGCUCCCAUAGGAGGAUAUGGCGGUGGCUCUUCCAACUCUUUUGGCCAGAUGCCCACAGGAGCUGCUCCCACUCCCACCAACAAUGCAAACUACCCGCCGCUUAAUACGCGCGGCAGCCUCAACACCAACGGUUACGACGGCGCUCAGUCAGGGUCACAGUUCCCCCCUCGAGCGGCGGAGGCCGUGUGGCCCCAGUGGGGGGGCCAUCAGCACUCUCAGAGUAAUGUAGAGCAGCAGCAUCCUCAUGCUCAGGGCAACCAACAAGACAUGUUUCCUGACGUGUUGUCCAUGCUGGACCAGCCUGCCAACUUCAACGGCGAUGACUUUGAGAUCCCUAUCUACCCUUCGUUCGACCAAUGACCUGCUCCACACUUAUCUGUCGGUCUACCCCUUUCUCUUCUUGAGUGAUUUUGCCCUCACUAGUUUUUAUAUUAUAUAGCUCUUAUUGCUCUUCUGCUCCUCUUUUCUUCCUGCGAGUAGUACUCUCCCCUUGCUUUGCAUGGCUUAAAUUGCACUGCCACAAGCCAGUUAAAGACGGAGCGAUAUAUCUGACUGAAGAUAUCAAGGGGAGGAAAAUCAAGGAUUUGCUACUGACAAAAAGAAAAUAUUCCAGCCAUUGUAAGAGAACUCUCUAGCUAGCACUGCCCAAAGGUCAACAACCUAUGUUGUAGAUAUGUGAGAUAAAUAUAUAUAUAUAAACAUAAAUAUAUAAAAACGCACAAUCACCCAACCACACUUGAAUAGACUGGACAAAAACACUCUGGUAAACAAACGCAGGAAGUAAGCGUAUACACACACACACACACACAAAAACAACAGCCUUUUAGAUGUUCCUAGACUUUCUCAGGCAUUGAUGACUGGUAUUUUUGCUGUUCCACCAUUUAGCAUUUAGACUAAUCGAUAUAUCGUUGAUUUAAACUCUCAGGAAAUUGCAGGGAUUUACAGCUUUGGUGAUUUUAUUUUUAUUUUGUAAUAUCUCAGCUGUUGCACGCCAACACCACUGUCUGUGCCAACCCGACUCACAGUUUGAAAUCCACAGCAUGUCUCUGCAUGGUUCUGCACCGCUUUCAUGGAGCGCUUCUACAAUGGGUAGAUUAUACUGAGUACAGUUUCAUAUGUACAUUGGUGGCUUCACCUUUACGUUUUAAAUAUUUAGUUUAUCCUCUUGAGGAACAAGUGAGGUUUUUCUUCAAUGAAUGAUGUCCUUCAAUAACAACAGACACAGUGUGACGGUGGCUGCACACUGUUUGUCUAGGUGCUCGUUGGAAAUGUAUACAAUCUAUUUUUCUUUGCCUACUUAAACAUAUAUACAGUAUGCAUGUGUGUAUGUAUGUUACAUUGAUGCGUACAGGAUCAAUGACAACUAUAUCACAGUUGUAGGGUUUCUGACUUGCUUCAUAUUCUUCUGUCCCUCGCUCUGCAUUACCCUGUACCAAGUAUGGGCUUUUUGUACUCCUUUUGUAAAAUAAAUAUAAAGAAAAUACAUCUCACAGCAAUAAUUAACAAGCAGGAAUAGUGUACUUUUAAAGCCAUUCUUUAUUUGUUGAUUAACAGUUUUCCUUGAUUAUUUUAAAAUGAAGAGAUGUGGUAGGAAUGUCUGAUUUCAUUGAAAUGCUUCCUGAGUAUUUUCUUGUUGUUUUGAAACUUUUGACGUCUCUAUUGCCCUAUUCCGAUUGGUAUUUAAUUAUUGGUUUGAUCAGGGUCUUCAGGAUUAAAAUGGAAUGAACAGAGCUAAAAACAAUCUGAUCUACAUGUGAGAAUUCCCAAAAAGUUUAUUUGUUCUCUUGUUUGUGAGAAACGUGUGGAUCUUAGCCAACGAGAUCCAACCAUCUGUGUUAUACAAUCAUUUUUGGGGGGAAGUUUGUAAUAUAGAAGAAUGUUGGAUUAAAGAUGAUGCUUCUAAAAAAUAUUUAGAUUUUUAAUAUGUGGAAAUGGUUUAAAUUUGACCCUUUUUAUUGCAUCCAUUGUCUGUGUCGAACACUCACACACUUGGAUAACAAAUGAUGUACUUGUAUGUAAACCCAUGUUGAUUAUUGUCCAGUGUUCAUCUUGGAGAGGAUUGACUGUGUUGUCUUUGUUAUUGUUUGCUCUGUAUCCAGGUUGUUUUUUUUUCCAAUGAUGUGAACUUUUAUCACUCAUAGAAACACAAAUAUAUAAAUACAAUGUAUAUGAAAUGUUAAACGAGAGAAAGAAAAGGUUGUCUUUUUUUUGUAAUAAAUUGUGGGAAAUGAA